AAAGAUUACUAUUGCCAGUCAAAAUGCUGCGUCGAUCACGAGUGGUGCAAAGUGCUCGCAGGCGCUUGUUCUCCUCGAGUUCCUCGCCCGACUCCCUGCUCGCCUAUGGGGCGCGUAUCCUGCGCUGCCCGGACCCACACGAGAAGGUCUCGCUCACGUUUGAAUGUCAGAAUCGCUGGCAGUCGGAGAACCUCCCGGUCUUCUGUGAGUCUCAAUGGGGGGCCCACAUCCCUCCACCGCUCCCUGCUCGCGGUCCCAAACCCGAACUCCUGCCUCCUAAAGAGAUGCCCGGUAUGAAGCAAUUGCAGACGCAAGCCAGUAUUCCGGUUAUCAUGCUCCACGCAUUGGCGCACAUUGAAUUAGGAGCUAUCGACAAUUACUGGGACACCAUAGUCCGCUUCGAUCCAGUUCAACAUCAGCUGCCUAGAGAGUUCUACGAUGAUUUUCUGAGGGUCGCAGGUGACGAAGCUCGACAUUUCGCUAUGGUAGACGACAGACUGAGAGAAUUAGGCUCCGAAUAUGGUGCCCUGCCUGCCACUAGAGCGUUAUUAGAACAUGCAGCCAACACCGCAGCAGAUUUGGCUGCAAGGAUUGCAGUGGUGCCGUUAGUACAAGAAGCAAGAGGACUGGACUCUGGAGAUAGGCUAAUUAGUAGGAUUAAAUCCAUGGGAGACAAGAAGUCAGCCAAGGUCGUGGAGCAGAUAGUGUGGGAAGAACGGGAUCAUGUCCGAUGCGGCAUUAAAUGGUUCCAACAUAUCGCCAAAGUGCAGAAGAGAGAGGACCAAGUCGCAUAUUUCCAAGAGUUGGUACUCCAGUUUUUCCCGGACGGAUUACCUGGUCCGUUUGAUGUGGAAGCGAGACUUGCCGCGAAUAUGGGAACGGAAUGGUAUCAAGCUCUUGAAAAUAAGGUCGCUCAUUCUUAUCCAGCUCAGUCAAAUGUGGACUCGAAGAAGGAUAAAUUACAACAAAGCGCCAGUGUUGCGGCGUUCGCUGCUAGCAAGAAGAAGGUGAUUCUAGCUGGAUCUGUGUGGCCUGAGCGCACGAGCUCUGCUGCUGGAGUUCGCAGUGCUGACAUAAUUAGUGUGCUGCAAGAACGGGGAUUUCAGGUUCUCUGUGUCUCUCCCAGUCGUCUGAAUGACCAUACUGCACGACUGGAGGAGGAACAAGACGUGCGUUGUGUACAGGCUGACGCGAACACGGAUGCAUUCCAGAAGUUGCUGCUGGAGACGAUGCCGCAGCUCGUGAUGUUUGAUCGCUUCAUCGCUGAAGAGAUGUAUGGAUGGCAAGCGAAGAAAUACGCACCAGAAGCGCUGCGAGUGCUGGAUCUACAAGAUGUGCACUUCAUCCGUCGUGCUCGCGAGUUUGCAGUGAAGAAGCAAGGCGUGAACUUUGAGGCUACGCUGGAUGGUGCGCGGCUGAAUGUUGAUCCUGUUGAGAAGCUUGCUAUCCGGGAAUUGGCAUCUAUCCACCGCUCUGAUCUGACACUGUACGUGUCGGAAUUCGAGCGCGACAUACUGAUAUCACGCUUCCAGGUGCCGGAUAUGAGGCUCCAUCGGUGCGACUUCUUUUAUCCAGAGAUUAAGGCCUCAAAGCUACGUCCUUUUGGAGAGCGCAAAGAUAUCGCCUUUAUUGGUAGCUUUAAGCAUGCACCCAAUGUCGACGCGGUGGAGUGGACCAAGAAGACGAUUCUUCCGUUGUUCCGUAGUUUUGGUGGUAACGCAGAGAUCCACAUCUACGGAUCUUAUGGUGAGACUAAGCGGUUUGCCAAGCUUGACGAUCCUAGUCAAGGUUUCUUCAUGAAGGGCUUUGCUCCUGAUGCGCACGAGACAUUGAGCCAGUAUCGCUUGAGUAUAGCGCCGUUACGGUAUGGUGCUGGAAUCAAGGGUAAAAUUGCGGACACUUGGUUCGUCGGGACGCCAUGCGUGAGUACUUCUAUUGGAGCCGAGGGUAUGACGUCGGAUAUUAUUCCUUGGGGAGGUGCAAUCGCGAAUGAUCCAAAGGGUUUCGUAUCGGAAAUGCAGCGUUUGUACAACGACGAACCCAUUUGGAGUGCUGCACAAGAAGCUGGUGUAAGAUGCUGUUCGACAUUUUACAGUCGUUCGAGCAAUGCUGACAGUUUGAUGGAACGUAUCGAACGCACCAUGCUUGAGAAGCAAGCACUUCGACAGCAAAAUUGGAUGGGACGCAUUUUGUGGUCCGAGAAAUUCCGCGCAACGGAAUAUAUGUCCAAAUACAUUCGUGGGAAGAACGAAGGACUAAACGACAGAGAGAAAUAGAUGUUUUCUGUAAUGCUGUGAUACGUCGA